CACCAUAUUCUCUUCUGUUUUCCGUCCAAUCAAUCGCGCAUUUUCCGGCGACCGCCCGAUCUUAGGCGAUCUCUCAACUUCUCCGGCCCAUACACGGUGGAUUUUGUUUCAUUUCACUUUGUUGGGACAAGAUGAUGCAAUGGAGGAGUUAAUUUCUUCAAGUUAGACGCUUCUGCCACUAAUAUUGCAUCUUUUUAGUUUUUUGGAUUUGAGAAAGCCAUGAGAUCGGGUUCCCCUAAAUCAAUGACUCCUUAUCCGAAGGUGCUUCUACCAUUUGCAGCUUCAGUGGGGGGACUUGCCUUGUUUUUAAUUUUUGCUUGCUUGCUUCUGAUCUAUCAGCCAAUUGGGUCUAAAUUUGGUGGGUAUUUUUAUAAUCCAGAUCAAGCCAGCGAAAUUGGGUUAUCGCCUUCUAAUAAUGAAAUAAGUGUAUUUAGGAUCCCACUAAAUAAUACAGAAACAAAAGGAAGGAUUGUUGAUCCGGGUACCAACGGGACUGUUGAUUCAGGUAACAACUGGACUAUUGAUUUGGGUACCAACAGGACUGUUGAUUUGGGUACCAACACGACUGUUGGUUCAGAUACCAACACGACUGUUGGUUCAGAUACCAACACGACUUUUGAUUCGGGUACCAACACGACGGUUGAUUCGGGUACCAACACGACGGUUGAUUCGGGUACCAACACGACGGUUGAUUCGGGUACCAACACGACGGUUGAUUCGGGUAACAACACAACAUUUGAUUCAGGCACCGACACGACCGUUGAUAUAGGCACCAACAUGACUGUUGAUUCAGGUUGUGAUUUGUAUAAUGGGAAAUGGGUAUAUGAUUCGGGUGGACCAUUAUACUCGAACAACUCAUGCCCUGUUUUGACACAGAUGCAGAACUGCCAAGGAAAUGGUAGACCCGACCAAGAGUAUGAGAAUUGGCGAUGGAAACCUACACAAUGUGACCUCCCUAGAUUUGAUCCCAAGAAGUUUUUGGAAUUAAUGAGGGGAAAGACAUUAGCUUUCAUAGGUGACUCGGUUGCUCGAAAUCAAAUGGAGUCGAUGCUAUGCAUACUUUGGCAGGUUGAAGCUCCAACAAACCGUGGAAAUAAAAGAAUGCAGCGGUAUUAUUUCCGGUCAACAUCUACGAUGAUUAUACGGAUAUGGUCGUCAUGGCUUGUCCAUAAAACAAACGAAAAAUUCGAUUUUGCACCCGAGGGUGUAGACAAGCUCCACCUCGAUGCUCCAGAUGAAACUUUCAUGGACAUCAUUCCCAGUGUUGACGUUCUCGUGCUUUCCUCAGGUCACUGGUUCGCAAAGAAAUCCGUCUACAUUUUAAACAACGAGAUCGUUGGGGGACAGUUAUGGUGGCCCGACAAUACCCGGAAGAAGAAAAUCGACAGCACCGAAGCUUUUGAAAUAUCCGUAGCAACCAUCAUUUCCUCCCUCGUGACCAACCCGAACUACAAAGGGCUCACCGUGGUCCGCUCAUAUUCACCCGAUCAUUACGAAGGUGGAGCCUGGAAUACAGGCGGGUCAUGCACUGGGAAGGUAAAACCAGCGGUAGACGGCGAGUUAGUCGAGAGUUGGUUCACGAACACGAUGCAUGAUAAACAAGUAUCAGGGUUCAAUCGUGGUAUAAAGAAUAAGACGAACAAAUCAAGGGUGAAAUUCAUGGACAUCACGAAGCCGUUCUCGUAUCGGCAUGAUGGUCACCCAGGUCCGUACCGGAGUCUUGACCCGAAUAAGAUCACGAAAAGGAGUGCCGACGGGCGGCCACCGCCACAGGAUUGUUUACAUUGGUGUAUGCCUGGUCCAGUUGAUACAUGGAAUGAGUUUUUGCUGGAGAUCAUAAGAAGAGACUUUGGAGGUGAGGGUUCAUGAUUGGUGUAGAACAUGAAGUAGUUGUACCAUGCUGUAUUAGGCCGAUAAUAUAUGAGUUUCUCAAUUUUUGUGUUUUUUUCUUAUAUCGUGAUAAAUCACUGUAUGACUUGUUUAUUAGUUUUCAGUUGACUUUCUGACCCCCUAAAA